UGCAUUGGGCAGACACUACUGAUAACCUGCUGCACCAUGAGGCAGAGGGGACGAGCUACUCUCCUGGUAGCGUUACUGCUCCUGGCACAGCUGCGCCCGGAGAUCAGCCAGUGGAGCCCAGCGGCUGCGGCGGCGACUGGGGUCCAGGAUCCGAAUCUGCGAUGGAGCCCCGGAGUGCGGAAUCAGGGCGGCGGCGUCCGCGCGCUCCUCUUGCUGUUAGCCGAGCGCUUCCCGCGCCGUGCGGGAUCUGAGCCUGCGGGCGAGCGGCAGCGACGGGACGACCCUCCGCUGUCCAUCGACCUCACCUUCCACCUGCUGCGGACCCUGCUGGAGCUAGCUCGGACACAGAGCCAGCGCGAGCGCGCAGAGCAGAACCGCAUCAUAUUCGAUUCGGUGGGCAAGUGACCGGCCCUAUAUGGGGUCACGAAAACCUUGACCCUUUCCCCUACCUACCCCGGGGCUGGAGCGCGCACAACCAGAGCUGGCUCAAGUCCC